UUCUGGGUUGUGUUUGUGUUUCUUUGUCUCUAGUGUGCUACAGCCAAAUUUAGAGUGAAUCACUCCAAGGGUUAACUAAUGUGGGGAGCCUCUUUUGGCAUUAGAUACGAAGAUGGCUAUAGAUAGUUGUAGACAGUGUGGACUGGGGCCUCGAGACUGGACAGAGAGGUGUCAGCUCUUUCCUCUGAGCAAAGGAUGGCUAUAAAAGUGACAGAGGAGGCCGGGCAUGGUAGCUCACGCCUGCAAUCCCAGCACUUUGGGAGGCCGAGCGGGGCGGAUCACCUGAGUUCCGGAGUUCGAGACCAGCCUGACCAACAUGGAGAAACCCCAUCUCUACUCUAAUACAAAAUUAGCUGGAUGUGGUGGCGCAUGCCUGUAAUCCCAGCUACUCGGGAGGCUGAGGCAGGAGAAUCGCUUGAACCUGGGAGGCAGAGGUUGCAGUGAGCCGAGAUCGCAUCGUUGCACUCCAGCCUGGGCAACAAUAGCAAAACUCCAUCUCAAAAAAAAAAAAAAAAGUGACAGAGGUCUUCCAAAGGCUAUUCGGAAGCAGAGAUUGAAAACUGGCAGCUCACUGAUAGUUUUUUGAAAAUGUUUUACAAUUAAGUCUCCUAAAUUUAACAAAGAGAUUUCACACUAAAACCUAGAUUUCUAGCAUGGCUUAGGAAAUUGUAAGAUUUGGGUCCAUGUUCCUGCUUAGCAACAAUCAGCUGAAGCUGAGUGGAUGCAACUUCUCCAAGAUGGCAUGUGUUCUCCUGUGUGCUUUCUCGGGUUUGCUCCAAUCCCUGCAUCCCCUCCUCUUCUAUACCAGUUCAUCUUGGUCUUGAAGGUGUCUAGUUUGCUGGCAUGGCCUAAAGCUUUCAUUAGUGGCAGGGGGACUGGGUUCUGGGAGGGGUGCCAUGCCCGAGGAGGACGGCAGUGAGCCCAAAAGGGAAGAGCAUUCAGAACUUGGUGAGUGACGAUGAUGCUGAGUUCCUGGCCUGAGAGGAGCAGCUGGCUCAAGGGAAGACGUGCUGAGCACAGUCAGCCCGGCUGCAAGCUUUCUUCCUGGUGGCAGAUGACAUCAUGGAUUCAUCCCUCACCCGCCGGGGAAAGAUCUGCUGGUAUCAGAAGCCGGGUGUGGGUUUGGAUGCCAUCAAUGAUGCUAACCUCCUGGAAGCAUGUAUCUACCGCCUGCUGAAGCUCUAUUGCCGGGAACAGCCCUAUUACCUGAACCUGAUUGAGCUCUUCCUGCAGAGUUCCUAUCAGACUGAGAUUGGGCAGACCCUGGACCUCAUCACAGCCCCCCAGGGCAAUGUGGAUCUUGUCAGAUUCACUGAAAAGAGGUACAAAUCUAUUGUCAAGUACAAGACAGCUUUCUACUCCUUCUAUCUUCCUAUAGCUGCAGCCAUGUACAUGGCAGGAAUUGAUGGUGAGAAGGAACACGCCAAUGCCAAGAAGAUCCUGCUGGAGAUGGGAGAGUUCUUCCAGAUUCAGGAUGAUUACCUUGACCUCUUUGGGGACCCCAGUGUGACCGGCAAAAUUGGCACUGACAUCCAGGACAACAAAUGCAGCUGGCUGGUGGUUCAGUGUCUGCAACGGGCCACUCCAGAACAGUACCAGAUCCUGAAGGAAAAUUACGGGCAAAAGGAGGCUGAGAAAGUGGCCCGGGUGAAGGCGCUAUAUGAGGAGCUGGAUCUGCCGGCUGUGUUCUUGCAAUAUGAGGAAGACAGUUACAGCCACAUUAUGGCUCUCAUUGAACAGUACGCAGCACCCCUGCCCCCAGCCAUCUUUCUGGGGCUUGCGCGCAAAAUCUACAAGCGGAAAAAGUGACUUAGAGACUGCAAGGGCGGGGAGAGGAGGCUCUCAAUAAAUAAUCGUGUAACCUU